AUGGCAGAACCUGGCAUUAGAAUCGACGGUGGAUACUCGAUCAGAGCCUCCAGGAUUUGCGGAGGCCCUGCGGAGCCGGCAGUACACCGACCAACAGACUCGAUCGAGGACGGGAUUGCCAACGCAGCCCAGAUCGAGGCUGGGUUUCCCAAUCCGGAAAGGGGUCAUCCAUCUACACCACCGACAAACCCCAACGCCGAUCGAUACCGGAGUGGCGAUGCUGGGGGCGGUGGGAUAAGUGAGAGCAUGCCGGACCAGGUUACCGAUCAGACUGAUACAAACGACAUCGAGCCGAAAACAGAAAAUCCGACUGGAACCAAGGAUAUUGAGCCGAAGGCGGAGAACCCGAACUGUCAAACCCGGACCAAACUCGAAUCCGGCGAAGGCUUCGUCGAAAACCCCCGGAUCCACCCGACCGAGAGAGUCGAACUACGAGAUCCGUCGGCGGAAAGAGCAGCGGCGAACCACCCACAGGAUGACGGGGACGAUGAUGAGAUAUACUACCAUGUGAGUGGUGAUCUCUCAGCUGAAGAUCUCGAGGGGAACCUUGCUGUCCUACCCGAAAUUCCGAUCUUGACAACCGCGAAGGUCAGCAUCGAGGAUCUGCUGGUGGGAGACUCCAGAUCGGCCACACCCGAGGAGAUUAAGAAGCUCCGGCAGAUCAUUUGGAAGGAGCAACACCUCCUGAUCGGCAAAGGGAACGCCCUAACUCCGGCGGCCAGGGCGUCGUGCCUGAUCAAGGGCCUCCUAGCAGCCGAUAUCAUCCGACCCUCGACAUCGCCAUGGGUCUCACCGAUCCUGAUUGUCCGCAAGAAUAACGGUGUGGAUAUCGGGUUGUGCAUCGACUACAAACUGGUAAACAGCCUCACGAGUGGCUUCUGGGUCGUACCCAUGACGGAUCGGUCUCGCAAGAUCUCAGCAUUUAUCACCCCAUCAUACAUUGGCAACAUUAUGAUCGCUGUGGAGACGUGGGAUCAAAUGUGCCAAAUGGUGGAAGAUCUGAUGGAGGCUUGUCUAGAGGCGAACCCAAAAGAUCUGAAAUCCGUGACCGAUCUGCCAUUCCCCGGAUCAUUUCGAUCCAUGCAGUCGUUCCUGGGUAGUCUGAACUAUUACAUCCGAUUUAUUGAAGGCUACGCUAUUUACGCCUCGGUGCUAUAUGAACUACGCGAGGUGGAGUUUGUAGAACUGGAGAAACGAUCGGAUCUGAGGAAGAUCAUGGACCAGGACGACCCGAUUGCACGGGAUAACGGCCCACCGGAACUUCAGCUGGCGGAACCAUUAGAUGAGUGGUGGAUCAGGGUGCAUAUGACUUUCCUCAUCCUGAAAAACAAAAUCGCGACGACCCCAAUUCACCAUCGCUUAGACGAGGCGAGAACACCGGUAGUUAUCGUAUAUGCCGGUGAUUGGGCGAUAUCCGCUUCGUUGACGCAAGAACACGACGGGAUCUACCAUCCGGUUGUGUUCGCCAGCCGCACCCUGAAGACGAACGAGUUGAAUUACAAUAUGACCGAAAAGGAGGUGUUGGCAUUGCUGAGGAUCCUGGAUCUCUACUAUAAUUUACUGAUGGGACGCGAGAUCCGGUGUACGAAAGGCGAGGACGAGAUACUGGGGACGAUCGCUGCUACCAUCACGCCGAGGUUGAAGAUGGACGACGCCUUAACUGCUAUCGCCCCUCGGAAGGAACCUAAACGUCGGAUCCAAACACCAAUACCCACCGUGGAUCGAGAAGAGGAAUUUUGGGUGGUCAGUUUUGAUGGAUCCGCCCGAGUGAAGCGAGGUGGAGUCGCGUUUAGCGCGAUCGUGUGGAGUCUGCCCGGAUGGGAAGUGGUCAAAGCUAGAUCGGGCUAUCUCGAGAGCCUCACCGUGAACGAAGCAGAAUACAACGGCCUGCUCCUGAGACUCGAAAUGCUAGGGGACCUAGAUCGGUUGACGCUAUUGAAGCGGAAUACCCUCGAUCGCAUGAGGAAAUGGAGCGAUCAUGAACUAGUGCAUGUGACGAGAGCCUGGAAUGGGAGUGCUGACAGUCUAGCGAGUGCGAAUUUGCAACGACAAGGCGGGAUCGAGGUCCAAGGAAAGCCCGAAUGCCGAGACCUGGUCACUCUGAACCGGCUGGACGAAAUCCUGAUUCCCAAGACCGAGAUCCCAGUGGACCUGAUCCGAGAGAUGCGGGUAGAUCGGCUCAGGCAGGCUCAGGAGGAGGAAGCCUGGAUCACAGGCAUAAGGAAGUAUCUGGGUGGCUUGAUCGUCGACCUCACACAAGCAGAAGCAAGAUCGUACGGCACGAUCGCGGCCGACUAUGAGGUGGAUGAGCAGGAUCUACACUUUUAUUGCGCACCCAUGCCGAGAUAG